AUGAGAGUUCUCCGGAAGACCACUCGCAGUGAUCCAUCCAAGGUUGAGAAAACCUCAAAAACGAUACUUAUUGAUCGAAAAAAGCUCGACUCAAUUACGCCAGCGAAAGAAGACAACGAUGCGCUGGACUUGCUACCUGACACUCCUAUUUGGAGGUACGUCUCUCUGUUCGUCUCUCUCUCUCAGUCUGUCUCACUCCCCGCAGCAAUCACUUCCAGCGUCUCUGCAUAUAGCUUCACUAGUUAUGCUCCGGUCUACGCAAGCUGUCCCUCGGACCAGCAAUGGGUCCGGCCUGCGAAGGGCCUGUCUUCGCAAGAAGCGGCCUGGAUCCAAGGACGCAAAACGGUGGUUCUAGACGCUUUCAGCUCGUACCUCGAACGGCUCAACAUCACAGAUCUAAACGUGUCGGGCCUGCGAAAGGCCAUGCAGGAGAACAAGAACGCCGGUGUGCCCGUGAUCGGCAUGGCCAUUAGUGGUGGUGGCUGGGCGUCUUCACUCACAGGGACCGGCGCACUACGAGCCUUCGAUGCUCGGUUCUCCGAUGCAAUUGAUCAACGCACCGGCGGGAUUCUCCAGAGCUUGAGCUACUUCGCCGGCCUCUCAGGCGGAGCAUGGCCGCCCAUGUCGUUGGCGACGUACAACUUCCCCACGAUCAACGACAUGGUGGCCAACUGGCACACCGACAUCGAUCGACUUUUCAACCAACCGAACAAUACCAUCUACGCCGCCAACUCGACGUCCAUGUUCACCGACGUCUACGCGAAAUACAAAGCAGGCUUCGCCGUCAGCGUAUCCGACUACAUGGGCAUAGGUUUCGGCUAUGAGUUCUUGCCUCCUCCACAUGCAGGCGUCAAUGUCACGCUUUCCGGCGUUCGAAGUCUGAGCAAUUUCCAAAACCAUUCGAUGCCGAUGCCCAUAUUCCAAGCGGCCAGGCUCAGUGACGAUGACAUUGAAUUCUACGGAAUGAAGAUCCCAUAUGCAAACAGCAGUCUGUUCGAGAUGACCCCCUUUGAAUUCGGCGCCUGGAUAGGCUCCGACGGUUCGGCAACAGGCUUCACCCCUAUGGAAUACAUGGGCACAAAGCUUCGCGGCGGCAAAGUGACCAACAGCUCUGCCUGCGUGAUAGGUUACGACAGAGGAAGCAAUAUCCUCGGGCUUGCGGCAUCUGCAGUCAAUGCCUGGUACAUCGAGGCCCUGUCCAACGGGACACUGGCCCAAUUUUCAAAGAGAUCCCUAAAUUCACUACUUCCUCCUGGAUCAAUUCGUUCGAAUCUCCGGAAGCGCGCCGGGUUCCCUCUGAGUACGAUCAACUACCUAUUCGAUGCAUACCAGCAAUACUUCAACCUUACCAAGGUACAGGCCGUCUCGCCGACUGUCCCCAACCCGUUCGCAGGCAUGCCGGGCGCCAGCGGGCCCGAACCAGCAACAUUGACCUUAGCGGACGGAUCUGAAGGCGGCCAGGCAAUCCCCUUCUGGCCCAUGCUUCAGCCUGCUCGAAACGUGGAUUUCAUCAUAUCCUGGGACAAUGACGAAGAUUCCACUCCCAACGGCUGGAACAACGGCACCAACAUCUACAACACAUUCAUCCAAGCCCGUCGGCACGGCCUGCCAUUCCCGGAAAUCCCUCCUCCAGCGACCUUCAUCAAGCGCAAUUACACCCAGAAGCCCGUCCUUUUCGGGUGCAACCCUCAAUAUACCACGACCCGCAAUCUUGACAGCCCCAUCGUGCUGGAGAUGACCAACGCCCCGUACAGCGCAUACACAAACUACUCCUGGUUCAAGACGGUCUUCACGCCCGUGGAAAUGCACGAGAUCCUGGUCAACAGCUGGGACCUGGUGACUCAAGGCAACGGCACCUUGGAGUCCGACUGGGUGCAAUGUAUCGGCUGUGCGGCCGUGGACAGGACGUUGAGCAAGCUCGAAAUCGCCAGGCCCGAAAAGUGCGACAAGUGUCUGCAGAAAUACUGCUGGGACGGCACGUAUGAGGAUGAAGCAGAUAUUCCUGCCGUGGACCCGGCGUUGGCGCUUCAUCCGGACGUCAGCUACGCCGAGUGGAAUGCCACACAUCCAUUCACAUAA